UUCUUCAAAGUGAAAGUACACAGGGGAGAUAAUUCAACACAUGAAAAAAAAAAGAUAAACAAAAUAAAAUGGAAGAGAGUAAAAUAGGAUACAAGAGUUGGAAAUGGACAGAUGCACAUUUUUGCAAUCUACCAACACAUACACUGUUAUAUCCAGGGAUGUCAUGUGGAAUCAGUACAACACCACAAACAAAUGUUUAUGGACAUGCUAAAGUAAUAGACCCAGAUGGAUCCAAUAAAUUCUUGGUUGCUUCCAGGGUUGGAAAGUUCAUUUCAUUAGAAUACCAGAUAACUAUGGACAAAUUAGCACCAUCAGCAAAAAUAAUACCAUUUUCAUAUAUACCAGCUGGAGCAGAGUUAGUGUCUUUAGAUGUAAUUUGUAAAUCAGUUCAUCACAAAAGAAUUGUUGUUGGUGUAACAUUUAUAAAAUUUGAAGAAGAGAGUGAAGAUGCAGAGAGCACAUGUAAACAAUAUUUAAAUCUGUACUCACUACAAGAGGAAUACUCGGGAUUUGAUAAUAUAGAUGAUUGUUUCAGCCAGAGUAUAGAUCUAGACUUUACUCCUUAUCAGUUAACACAUACAAGUAUAUUUGUAGCUGGUAAAUUAGAGUCUGUGUUUUUGUUGAUUGGCAGUGAUUGUAAGAUCCACAUGUACAGAGAAGUCUCAGCAAUGCAGCAGACCUUCAGAGAAUUUCCUACAGAUGAAUGUUUUCCUGAGUUUAAGGACAUAAGUACAUGUGUUCAUUGGAUAGAUAUUGUGUAUUUUAACCAGUACUCAAGACGAUUGACAGCCAGAGGACACAGAGAUGGUGGGAUUACUGUUUCACAUGUGAAUGUAGAUAGUAAUGAGAUGUUGAGUUCCUGGUCACUUCAACAUGACAGCCCUAUUACCUGUAUCAAAAUUUUUACCUUAGAAUAUAGUGUAUCUCAGCCAGGAUUUAUUAGUCAGAGAAAGGAUAAGUCAGAACAAGAAGUAGAUCCUGUCUUCCAUGUAUUAGCUCUGAGUGCACUAGAACCGGCAGCUGUAUAUAGGAAUGUUUUAUCAAAUGGUCUUAAAGAGCCCCUAGUAUUACCACAGAGUAACAAGUUUGAUGUACCUCUAUGUGUUUGUAUCGUGGAUAUAGAUUUUGAUGGAUGCAAUGAAAUAAUGAUUGGAACAUAUGGCCAGGAACUUCUUGCAUAUAAAUUUAUAUCACAAAAGCAUACUACAAAAUCUGGAAAAUCUACAGGAAAUGAAAAAUUAGACGAAUUUGGUGAUAUAAAUGAUCCAAACAGAAACCGACAUCUAUCAGAUGAGAAGGAACAGAGACUAACACCUGUUGACAUUCAAGACUCUUUAAGGUCAAAAUCACAUGAAAAUCUGAACUUCAAACAUUCUACUGAAAAUAUAACUCAAUCUAAUAAGCAACACAAACAAGAGGACUACAUGGGCAAGAAAUGUGACCAUUUUCAAUUGUUAUGGCAAAAAAGUUUUGCCUGCCCUGUGAUGGGCAUUGAUAGAUUAGACAUUAUGGGUGAUGGGAUGGAAGAUUUGGUGGUAGUUACUCUUAAAGGUGUCCAUAUUAUACAGCCCGACCUGCAGGAAAUUGCUAAAGUUUGCCUUGAGAGAAUGAACAAUAUAACACAGAAGAAACACAAAAUUAAAAGUGAUAAACAUUUAUCAAAUGUAAAAUCUGUACAAAAUAAAGAGAAAUAA